CGUGGCAGUUACGAGCUACCACUAUACCGCCUCCCUCUUCCUCCUCCCCCCCGUGCCAUUCCCCCACCUCCUCCUCCCCCGACGCCGACGCCAGCCACCGAUCCGGCGCGAAAUCGAGAGGCACAGCCGCCGGAGAUCCGCGGGGGGCGUGGAGGGAGCCGAGCCGAGCCGCGACCAUGAACGCGAGGGGCUACCGAAGCACCAGAACUGCUCUUUUUGAUGGCAUUGAAGAAGGUGGAAUCCGAUCAUCAGCUUAUUCUUCACAUGAGAUAGAUGAACAUGAGAAUGAGCGAGCUAUGGAUGGAUUGCAAGAUCGAGUCAGCAUUCUCAAGAGGAUAUCAGGUGAUAUAAAUGAAGAGGUGGAGGCUCAUAACCGGAUGCUGGACAGAAUGGGGAAUGACAUGGAUUCAUCAAGGGGGUUUCUCUCUGGAACAGUGGACAAAUUCAAGACAGUGUUUGAGACCAAGUCGAGCAGGAGGAUGGGGACACUCGUGGCGUCAUUCGUCGCGCUCUUCAUGCUAGUGUACUACCUGACCAGGUAGAAGGUUCCUUGGGUUGCAUCCUCUUCCCACCUCAGGCUAUGUGUGGAGUGGGGGUGCCCAAGAACAUGCUGAAAAUGGUUGCGCCGGUCGAUCUACAUGUCGUAUGUACUUAAUCUCAUGUCGUAUGUACUUAAUCUGUCAAAAGUAUGUCGAUCCGAGUGUCGCUAGUUUGCACCGUGUGUGGAUUACAACCCUUUACUUCUUUUUUUGCUCUGGUGAUGUGUAAGUAAUUACAGAAUAUGGAGUCAACUCUUUGCCUGUUUGCACUGUCAUGCUAUAUGUAUGAUAACUACUAGUAGUAUA